AUGGCACCUACGCUAGCUGACAAGGUCUACCUGCCCGACCUCGAGCCUUGCCUCAAGGGCGACACGGCCGUACUGUCAUGGAGGCUCGUGGCUGCGGCCCUGGCAGACACGACCGGCCAUCGCCAGAGUAGCCAAGCUAUCGUCGACUUCCUUACCAACCCUACCGUCCAGGCCUUCUUCACCAAGCCUGGCACCGUCUUCGAGAGCACUGGCAGCAGCGAUCCCCACAAGCAGGCCUUCGAAACCCGCACGUCUGCCGUCCAGGUCACGCCCACCCCCAACGACAAGUACGACAUCAAGACGAUCAAGGCGGACGCACUCUGGCUGAGCAAGAAUGCCCGUAUAAACUCGCUGGCCGCCCUCCGAAUCGUGGUUGUCGAGUUCCAGUCGCGCGCCCGCAGCCAGUUGACUGGGCCUAUCUCCACGCAGGAUGUCGCCAACCUACAAGAAGCCGCCGGCGCGACCCACGCCCAGACCUCGAAUAUCCUCCCCGGCCUGAAUCUGGCUGCUACGCGCGAUGCCAUCGAGCUGCAGGCUGACUUUGAGAAGGAGGAGGUGCGGAGGCUGCGCAUAUUCCACACGUACCUCGCUGAGCGACGAUAUUUCGCCAUGACUACCGACUAUCUGUUCACCCUGAUGCUACAUGAGCAAUUGCCGUCCUGCCCAGCCAAUGCGGCCACCACCAAGAUCCGAGCAUCCUUCCUGGAGGCAUACGGCCUCACCUCGCAGACCCCGAGCGCCGAGGCCCCCGCCAAGACGUAUCACGCCCUGGUAGCUCAGUACUUCACCUUGACCACCGACAGCGUAAAAAGCUGCGAGGAUAUCGCCUCCGUUGUCGAGGACACGGUGCUUCAGGACGAUGACAUGCAGAACGAGUGGAUGAAGACGUUUCUCACCGAAGCCAUCCAUGCCAUGACUGUGGCUUUCCAACUGCUCGAUCUGUCGGGCCAGGUCCUGGUGCCGGCUGACCUGUUGAAGCAGUGGUUCCAAUUUGUCGGUGACACCGCGUUCCUCGACUCCAUCAACCGCUAUGAAGCACUUGGCCCGCUUAUUCCGCCCGUGCAAUGCCUCGUCUGUGUCAUUUCGUUGACGCUCCUGAACCUGCCGAGAACCCUGCGCUACUUCCACGGGGACGUCGAGAUCGACAACAGCACAGAAUAUGUUGGCUCCUCGGACGCCCUUCUUCUCGUCCAUGACGUUUUGUUCAGUGCCGCCGACAGGAAUAUCGCCUCCGCGUGGCCUGUGGCUUUUGCCUGGGUGCCAGUCUUGCACGGAAUGUGGUCAUCGUAUCAGCAACGAGCCGAGCAGCGAGAUGCUAUUCAAAACCAGAAGGCCAUCGAGACUUACGACUCCGGCACGCAAAUGAUACCAGGUGCUGGCCGGAGGAAUUCUGCGGGUAGCAUUACAACCAUAGACAAAACUGGGUACGACGACUUCUUGGCCAACACCUCUAUGGAGCGCGAUAUCCAGCCGGCACAGAUGAUCGCCGCUGCUGCUCUCAGCGACGGUUUGGUAUACGAUAUGCUUACCGAGAUGGCUCGCUGUCUCGGUUCGUCCGAUGGCGCCAUUUUUGCACCCUCUGUGGGCUCGCGGAUGAGGCUAGCUUUGAUUGGUCUUUUGAAAGCUACAUACCCAUUCGUAGGGUACAAGGAAGAUCCGAUUCUUGCCUUACUAGCACUGCUCUCCGGUGGCGACGGAUACUGGCAACUUGCAAAGCCCACGCACGUCUUGCCCAGGGACGAUGUAGUCUCUCGGACACUAAACGAUUCUGCCACGCUUGACGGAUUUCUCUUCGAGGCCUUUAAUCGCUUCCCCUACGAGUUCACGCCCUACGUGAGCUUGUGCCGGGUUCUAGCCCUUUCGACCCAUGGGUCUGAGCCUAACCACGACUUCAUCCUCAAGCUACUCCAGAAAACCCCGAGUCUCACCUUCGAACUACCUACACAUUUCAAUGACUACGAACUUGCACACGAAGAGGAGAACUCGAAUUCGCUACGCCUCCUGGAAGACUUUCCUCUUUUCGAGGUCAUCUCGAAUCGGAAACGCAUUUCCACCGAUGAGGAGUUAUUUGUAAUUCCCCAAGGGACUUUAGGUCGUUUUGUUGUUGACUCGGGUCGAGUGGUCCAGUUGGAGUAUGAGCAUUCGGCUUUGGCCCUGCUGGGAAAACGGUUGGAAACUAGUCUCAACUCGAACAACUACCGUUUGGAACUUGGAGGACUGAAUGACGACGAGUUGGCGGACACGAUUUCCCUCCUUGCGAUACUGGUCCGAGCAGAGACACUAAAAGCCUCCAAGUUGAGCUCUGGUACAGAUGCGUCAGAAGCAGGACUUGCUAUCAUAGCUGAGGCAAGUCGGGCUCUACCCAGGACAAAGGACAUCAUAUCUGUUGUGUGUGACAUACUAGAUGUUUACCUGGAGAACGAUUCCGACAACUCCAUGCUCGCUGUGGUGACAGCAUCUCUCCAGUUCUUGGACGCCGUUCUAGCGCUUUGUCCGGGUCGAGUGUGGUCAUACAUUGGUCGUUGCGCUAUACUAAGCACCGACUCCAGAGGGGGGCGACUUUCACGCCUCGUCGGCACCUUGGAGCUUUCACAACAGCAAUUCGAUAUCCUGGCUACCGCAGUGCAUUUCCUCGCAGACCUCGUAGAUAGUGCUAUGAGUAGCUCUGUCCAGAGGAAAACAACUGCAAAGUCUACGUCACGACAAAAGACGAGCGAAAACCUCUGGCUCGGCGUGUCUGACAAGCUCGUUUCCAUGGUCACGUUGUCGAUCUCGCAGGCGUCAAUUGAUAUCCUGGAGAGCUCAUCUACCUGGAGGUUUCCGUCCGAGCUCCAACGAACUGUGUUGAUUCGCGACCUUGUUCCAAUCAUGAACAAAUUCAUACUCUACACAUAUACCAUGGACGAUAUUUCCAGCAAGAAAAAGCUGGCUGCACCUUUGGAAGCAGCAGCGAAGUACAUAAUCGACAGCUUCCUGGCACCCGCCGCUGGCAGCUUACGAAUUCAACCACUUCUAUCUACGUUGGUCGUAGCUGUCCACUGGCCGCCAACGACAGUGUACACCAAUAGUCUGAAGGCACUCAGCGACAGGACCAGCGCUGUACUGCAACUUGCAACGAUGUUGGUCAGAGUGGCGAACUUCUUUGAUCAAUCAUCUACCACUAUAGAAUUACAGCUCUUCAAAGCAUCACCGUUCGUCGCAAGGGUGUGCGCGGCCAACGAAGGCUUCAGGGGAGAAGCGAUAUCACUCCUGGAGGCGCUAGUCGUCAGCGCUGGGAAAGCACCUGGCGAGCCGCCGUCACUACUAGGAUACCUUGGACCUCAGACCUCGAGAGCUUUCCUACAACUUCUUUCAACACUGGACCGGCCCUUUGACCAAGCCGAGGAAGUCAGCAUCGUGUGGCGUUUCUUCUCAACCAUCGUGCGGAAUAGACAGCAGUGGAUGGCUAAUUGCUUACUUACUGGCAAAACUCCACGCGACGUUAGGAAAGGACACGACAAGGCGUCACAGGCGUCGCCGGAUUCCGUCCUCACGUCUGCCCUCGACAGGCUUUCUUCCAUCUCCACAUUACCUGCUAGCGAAGCAUUGUCGAUCCUCGAUUUCAUAACAUCAGCCCAGAAUUAUUGGCCCUGGACUAUCUUCAACCUGCAGAAGAAUACGAAUUUCCUGUCAGGACUGCGAAAGUAUGUCAAGGAGCUGAAGGCGUCUAGCAUCACUGUGAAAACGAACACUCUCCAAGCUUGCGAAGAGGCGCGUAUUGCAGCAUACAUUGCCGAGACAUUUGCCAUGCAACUAUUCCACCUGCGUCAAACCGGGCAAGCUGAUUCGCUGGCAAAGGAUCUUGCCCAAGACUUGGACUACUUCCUGAGGGACGGAGUCGUGGUCUCAGGAUAUAACAGUUCUCUUCAUGCCAACUUUGCCAAGAAUUUCAGCAACCAAUGGCCUAGCUGCAAGCUCGACAACUUCAAGCGAACACUUUUGGAGCCUCGCUCGCUAGGGAACGAGUACUACUACGCCCUGAGCCUUGCGGACCAGAUGCUCCAAUUCGAUUCUGGGUGGACAGGCAUCAAGAACAAUGGCUUCAAGAGUGAGAUGCAGAAGGCUAAUGCGAAUCUCUCACUCGUAGACGCCCAAAUAGCACUCUUCCAUGCCUGGGAGUUCCUUCUUUUGGAACUGAGCAAUUGCCUUCCCAAGAACGAUACUCUCAAGAAGCAGUCCCUCCAGGUCGCUGAGCAGUGCCUUGAAGCCAACCAAGCAAUGCAAGGGCACGAACAGAUCUUUGAGAGACUUACCGAGUCCCGCGUGAACCUCGCCCUGAUGCUUGUCCAACGCGUUGUCGACAACACACCGUCAGCAGGGGACGUCGCGCAGCUGCUGAACGCUUUAUGGGCAACUGUAAGCACCGUGGAAGAGCCCUACAGCGCCGACAGCCUUCCGCUCUACCGAACUCUCCUCAAGCUGUUGUAUGUCACCCUGCGGGCGCAGGUCAAGGCGUCCUCGUUGGAUGCCAGGACGGCUUCGCAGAAGCGCGUAAUCAAUGAUUCGUCAGCAAGCGUAUCCCAGACAGUGCUGGGCAUAUUGGACCGCGUGGUAGCCAGGGGCUUCCGCACCCUGGUAUCGCUCAUUCAUGAUGCAGAAGGGUCUGUCUUCCCAGACGAUCUCGCAAUCAUCAACGCGAUACUGCAGACUUGCCUCAGCAUCCCGGGAAUCAACCAAAGCCAAACGCAGAUUGUGAACAUCAUGGCCGCCCACGACGCAGUGCACGUGGCCGUGUCGUUGUACUCCUGGGCCGAUAAGCUCGCCGAGAAGGGCGAUCCGAUCUACGGCGAACUGUCAUUGCUCUUCCUCCUAGAGCUCUCCGCCCUCCCCCUCGUGGCUGAGCAACUCGCCUGCGACGGCCUACUCAACCACCUCACCUCGGCCAGCUUGGUCAAGCACCUCAACCAAGCCAACGUCUCUCCCUUUGCCGAGGCUGUGGGACCCCAGCGAUGCUACGCCAUAUGGGCCAAGGCCAUUGUGCCGCUGCUGCUCAACAUCCUGACGGCGCUCGGCCAGACGAUCGCGCCCGAGGUCGCGUACGUGCUGAACCAGUUCCCGGGCCUGGUGGCCGCCAGCGUGGAGCGGUUCGAGGCGCCCGGGGCGAGCCGCACGCAGACGGCGCGCAGCAAGAGCGCCUACGUGACGCUCCUGUCGGUGGGCGAGAUCCACGACCUGGCGCUGCUGACGCGCGUGCUGGGCGCGUUCCGCGCGCAGAACGUCCGCGACAUCCCCACCGUCGAGUGGGACGCCGCCGGCGCCCUCGAGAACGUCGAGUUCUGGCUCGGCAGCCGCAAGAUCCUGCGCGAGCGCCUCGUGCCCCUCGGCCAGCGCGAGGCCGAGUGGAAGGCCAGCCGGCCCGGCCCCGCCGCCGCCGCCAGGGGCUGCGAGAGCCGCCUCGAGGAGAAGGUCGUCGAUAUGCUGGAGGGGGUCAAGGUCGUGCUGGCGGAGGAUACCGAGUAA